AUGGACAAUUUUUUCGCUGCCAUAUCAUUAUUCCGUCGACGGAAAUAUGAUGAGUGCAUCGAGGUGUGCAACGUCCUGCUGCAGCAUAAUGCCCUUCAUCAAGGUCCUUGGGAGCUGAAAAUGAGAUCUAUGACCCAGCGAGUUUACAUCGACGAUUUCGAGGCAGACGAUGAUGUUGCAGAGGAUAUUUUGGACACGCAGACGAUCGCCACCGCCCCCCGGCCCGGCACCUCGCUCCGCACGGCCAAACCGACGACCGGGAGCGGAGCGGCCACCGCCACCAACCGUCCACGCACCGGAACCGGCCGGCCAAUUACGGGCAUUUCACGCCCGGGGACCCUUUCCCUGCAGCGUCCAGGAUCGACGCUCGGCAAUCGGACGGCUCCUCGGACCGCAUCCCGUACCGCCGGAACCGCCGGUGGAUCCGCUCGCCAGAUGCGUCUCGGAUCGGCGUCGAUGUUUGCGGCCGGCGAUCCCACCGGGCCGCUGUUCCACAUCUCGCGGCUCCACCCGGACAAGUACGCCAGCAAGGACGCGCUGUCGAAGCCGCUGUUCCAGUACCUGUACUACCACGAAGGUGACAUCCGGAAGGCGAUGGCCCUGUGCGAUGCGGUGCUCAAUCGGCGGUCGGUCGAUGAAGCCACCGCCGAUACGGUCAGUGGCUGGUGGUGGAACACCCAGAAGGGGCGCUGCCUGAUCGCCACCGGAAGUCCGCGGGAAGCGGAACCGUACCUCCGGGCGGCUCUACAGGAUCUGCAGCAUCCGGACGUGGUGCUGCUGUUGGCCCGAAUCUAUCUCAAGAUCGACCAACCGACGGCGGCCCUUGAAGUGUGCCGUCAGGGUCUGGAGCGGUUGCCGAACGAGAUCACGCUGCUGACGCAGCAGGCCCGCAUCCACGAGCUGGUCGGCAACCUGAACGUAUCGGUGCGCCGUUACCGCCAGAUCUCGGCCCUGGAUCCGAUGAACACCGAGGCGCUGGCCUGCAUCGCGGUCAGCUACUUCUACGCCAACCAACCGGAAACGGCGCUGCUGUACUAUCGUCGCAUCCUGGCCCUCGGCGGUCACAGUGCCGAGCUGUACUGCAACAUUGGCCUGUGCUGCCUGUACGGUGGUCAGCUCGAUCUAGUUUUUCCGUGCUUUCAGCGUGCCCUCCGAAUGGCCACCGAGACCGAGUUGCGGGCUGACCUCUGGUACAACCUCAGCUUUGUGGCCCUGACCACCGGCGAUAUCCAUCUGGCGCGGCGCUGUCUGCGGCUCUGCAUCGCCGCCAACGGAACGCACGGGGCCGCUCUCAACAACAUGGCCGUCCUAGUGGCCCGCCAGAAGCAGUACCCGAAGGCCAAGUCGUAUCUCCAGGCGGCCCGAACCGCACUCCCAGCGAGCGACGAAAUCGAACACAAUCUGAAGUUUAUCGAAAACUUCCAAUAA